AUGCCAGCCCUGUCACGAGACGAGUGUGAAAAAUUGAUAGCAAACACGAGGCUUCUGGCAAGGGUUGCUGAGCAUCUGAAACGGCAUCAAGUCUGUCUACGAAUCGUCACCCACCAUGGCCGUUCAGCAACUCAACUGGCUGCCCCCAAUCUUCAAGCCAAAGACCUCCACCCGCCUAUCCAGGCGCAAGCGCCCGUAAUAGCCCACCAUGUCUCCGUGCCGGAUCAGCCCAACUUUGCAAGGCCGCCGACGCCGGUUCUUUGCAAGAAUAAGUCUGCGCGUAUUGAAUGCGUCCGUCGCGACGUUAUACAUAUGCAAGCCUACGCACCCCGCAACCGCAACAAGCGUCAAAACGCUCCUAACCAACAGAUCGCGCCGUUGAGCUUACCAGAUUCACUAUACUAUCGCAUCAGCCAGGACUGCUUCAUUUGCGCAUCUGGACUGGUCCUCCGCUUUCAAGACGGCUCAUCCGCGAAAGCCCCACUGAGGCGACUCACGGAGGAAGCCCCGCGCUUGGACGGUUGACCCUGAGGGAAGAAUAGACGGGACGCGUGAGCAAGCUCGAGUAUAAUAUCACUCGUCGUCUCGUUGCUCCCUGUACGCGUCGUUGUCGAUUUUCCUGGUCCUAACUGCGAUAUCCCUGCACAGCCCCAGCUCGGGCUUUGCCGCUGCGCCACACCCAUCUACGAUCCUCGGGCCCGCCGAUAGAUGUGGCACACGAGAAAGAGUCUGAAGACCUCACCGUAACUCUGCACGGGGACGUAGGACUGCAUGUACUUUGUGGCUGGAUGACUUAUAUUGAUGGACUUGCAAUCUCACGCCUUUGUAAUAUUCCGAAUCGCCACCCCCGUCCCGUUAUUCUAGUCUUCCCGCCAUCAGCCGCUCGCACCGUCAAUUCGCUUC